CUCUCGGUGGUCGGGCACGACUGCUGCGGAGGCCUCAGCAAUCUCGACCUCAGUCAGGACAUUGCUCUGAAGUGUGUCCAGUGCAGUGGAACAGCUAUGUGCCUCCUUCCUACCAGCCUGUGGGGGUUCUGCAGCUGACUUCAUCACCAGGGACAGGUGACCUGAGCCGUCCCCUGGAGCCCAGCUCCCAGUUUCUUCUGGUUCUGGCAGAUCUCUUCGUCAUGACCUGGCUGCUGGGUUACAUGGACCCCACAGAGCCCAGCUUUGUGGUGGCUGUGCUCAUCAUUGUGUUCAAUCCGCUCUUCUGGAACGUGGUAGCAAGGUGGGAGCAGAGAACUCGCAAGUUGAGCAGGGCCUUCGGGUCCCCCUACCUAGCCUGCUAUUUCCUGGGCAGCGUCAUCCUGCUUCUGAACGGCCUCCGCUCCCACUGUUUCACACAGGCCAUGAUGAGCCAGCCCAAGAUGGAGGGCUUGGAUAACAGCACCACCUACUUCCUGGGCCUUGCAUUCCUGGUUUGGGGCCUCGUGUUUGUGCUGUCCAGCUUCAUUGCGCUGGGGUUCACGGGGACUUUUCUAGGUGACUACUUUGGGAUCCUCAAGGAGGCCAGAGUGACCACGUUUCCCUUCAGUGUACUGGACAACCCCAUGUACUGGGGGAGCACAGCCAACUACCUAGGCUGGGCACUCAUGCACGCCAGUCCCACGGGGCUGCUGCUGACAGCGCUGGUGGGGCUCGUCUACGUGGUGGCCCUCCUGUAUGAAGAGCCCUUCACUGCUGAGAUCUACCGACAGAACGCUAUCAGGUUGCACAAAAGGAGCUGACAGGGCCAUGAGGGACCUGUAGAAAGCUGAUCUGGCCUCCAGGCUGCCCCAAGCAACAACCCUUCUUGGGGAGAGCAGCGCUGGCCACUGUACCUGUGCCUUGGAAACCAGUCCUGGGGGCCUCGGGCAUUAUGCAGCGUGACCACUGGGACCCCCAUCCCCACCCUGCCUGGACACACUAAUAAAGGCAUUGCGACCUCA